UACCAUGUCCUUCAACUAUUAGUGUAGAUGAAAUCGUAAAAAUCCAUUUAAAAAAUGGAAUUAAGAAUGUUAAUAAAACUAUGAACGCAUUCAUGAUUUAUCGAAAAGAAUAUAAUAAUGUAGUUGCAAAGUUGAAUCUUUCAAGUAAAGAUGUAUCCAAAUUUGCUAAAACUUCAUGGGAAAAUGAACCCAAAGAUGUCAAAGACUAUUACCGACAGAUGGCAAGAAAUGUAAAAAAAUGUUUCAAAGAUAUUUAUUUUUACUAA